CUCACAGUUGAUUGGUGGACAAGUGUCACGUGACUCUUAAGUUUCGUGGUGACGUUCGCAGAGUUUAGUUGACACAGGAGGCAUCCAGGAACACAGGAAUGGGUCAAGAAGCAGGAAAGUCUGCAUGGCCCAAACCAGCAGGAGGAUACCAGACCAUCUCAGGCAGGCGAUACGGACGGAGACACGCGUAUAUCAGCUUCCGGCCGGUAACGGAUAAACAAAGAGCCACAUCUGGUGUGGACUGUCAAAACAUGGAGAAGACGAGUAGUCAAAAGGACCAGGCAGUGGCGUCAAAGGGCAGCAUUUCUUCAGUGCUUCAGACUAUCCUCCCAACACCAUGCACAAAUCAAGAGGGCCACAACAGGAGGCAGUCAUCAUUGUGUAGAGCUCUAAAAGCACCCUCCAACCAUUUCAAGAGACCAAAGAGUGAACGGGUUGUGCCAUAUGAUAGACAAUAUUGGUCUGGUAUAGAAAAAAGUGAUCGAGCUAGAGUCUGGCCCAUCAAUGAAGCCCACAAGCCUCACCCGGAAGCUCUGAGCUACAUCAACAUUGAUGCCUAUGAGCCUGACAGUAGCGGAGCUGAGGAGGAGGACUUGAGUUUAAACCCCUCUCGGGCUGCUCAGAAGAGACUUGAUGGUAUUUGUGGAUUGGGUGAAAAUGUAGAUUCGCUUGAUGAUUCACAUGCUGAUGUCUUUACAAAAAUAAGUAAACGUUCAGCGCAAACGACACCUUCUAAAGACUCAACGGAACUCUGUAGUGAGGAACCAGAUUUUCAAAGAACUGUGAAAGCGAAUAGGAAAGUUGGUCAGUUUUUGGUUGGUGAAGACCAAGCUCCAAAAUGUCAUGGGGCUACAGCCAGUGCUGGACCCAUUUCCUAUAAAAGCACAGGAAAAACGAACCCUGAAGAAACAUUACAGUCCGAAAUGGUCGUGAGGCCAAAGAUCCGCAAACAGACGAGCGAGACCCACCUUGAAAGGAGGAAAGGUUCAGAAAAAGAGGAAAUAAGCCAUUUGUCAGGCUCAGCGGACAGAAACAAGUGUGGCUCGGCACCUCCGGGUUUCCUCACACAAACAAACCCUGAAAAUGAGUUCCUCUUUGAAUUUCCACCGAUGGCCUUGAGUGACCUCAACUCUGAGGAGAGGAAAAGUGCAAAUGAUAAUAACACUAAAGUAGAUGAUCAUGAUGAUGACGAUAUCUGGGAAGAUCUAGAGAAUUUUGGAGAGAAAUGUGAGCCAUCUACAAAGGGUGAUGAAAGCAGCAGCUCAGAAUUCAGCGAGGGCGAGUGGUCGGCUUCGUGGACAUCUGACUCUGGGCUGGAGAAGGAGAGGUGUACAAGUGAAGAAAGCUGGGAAACUCUGCCUGGCAUGGAUGAGCCGCCUGGCUGCAGCAACAGUCCGGAAGAAGUGCCUUCUCUCAACCUCGCUUUAGAAGAGCAGACCCCUCUGGAGGAGGGUGAGAUCCCCUGGCUGAUGUAUAAUGAGGACUCGGGCAGCAGCAGCGAUGAAGAUCCUGAUGGUGUCAGUCAGUUUGUGCACCCUGGACUCUUUAUCCUGGAUGGUAACAAUAACCUGGAGGAUGAUUCCAGCAUGAGUGAAGAUCUGGACACCGAGUGGAGGUUCCUUGAUGAAUUUGGUGACGGUUUUGGGAUGGCUCAAGCGAUAUCUUACGUGGAUCAUUCCCAGCUCCUCACUUACAUGGCGUUAGAGGAGCGUCUCGCACAGGCCAUGGAGGCAGCACUGGCUCAUCUGGAGUCUUUAGCUAUAGAUGUGGAGCAGGCCCAUCCCCCCGCCACUGAACAGAUCAUCGACUGCCUACCCCAGAUCACCGUGCAUGCCGAAAACAUUGAGCAGGAGCAGUGCUGUGCCAUCUGCUGUUGUGAAUACGUCAAAGAUGAGAUUGCAACCCUGCUGCCGUGCCGCCACAUGUUCCAUAAACUCUGUGUCACUCUCUGGCUCAGAAAGUCUGGCACGUGUCCGGUGUGUCGCCACGUUCUGACCCCGGAAGUGACCGAACCCUCGUCUUUAAGCUCUGAACAAGAAACGCCACCAUCCAGUCACAGCGCGUCUGAGGGAACGUGUUGAACGGCAGUCAUACACCCAUCAAAACAUCCCACAGAGAAGUAUUAUAAUAAUAAAUAAUCAGUCUCACAAAGAAAUUCCCAUUUGAUACUUCUUUGCUGGAAUGCAGCAGCCUGAAUUAGUAUUCAGAUUCCAUUUAACCUAGUGACCUGUGCUGCAAUUCAUGGUCCAAACGUGGCGAACUAAAACUUAUUUUCUGAGAAAAUAUGAAUACGUAUAUAUUCAUAGGAAGCAUAUUUAUUCAUGUUUCAAUUAAAAUGUUUUUGUACAUCCAGGCUAAACAUCAUAAUUACAUGUAUUUAACUUUUCACAUGUCGUGUCAAGUAAAACAUUCAAAUGCAAUCCCUCAAUAAAAGCUCACAUUUGGUUCAAAUAA